UAGAAAUGUGAAAGGCCACCGGUUCAUGUAGCCGAGCUUGCGCGGAGGGCGCGUUAAGAGGCGCGUCCUGGCCACGGCUCGUCCGGAACGCCAAGCGUACUCGUCUACGGGCCACCGAGGACGAUCGUGCGUCGCGUAAACCCCAAAAUCCGCAGUGGACGACGAUUGGAAAAAAAUUACCGUAUCAAAAAGCCCAACAAAAAGCUCAAAUCGUCGAGCUGUGAGUGAAUAAAAUAAACGGCACGAGAAUGUAAUAAUCGUGGCGAGAUAACAAAAAAACAUUUAGGAGUGUUGGCCAGAGACCGCAAGAACAUCAGACAAAGGAGUUGAAAGCUCUUCAGAAAGGCGAGACUCAAUUGAACCAAUGACUUGAAUCCCAGUGAUCAAAUUGUUAGCGUUCACAACUUCCUGAUAAGGAAUUUCACGAAUUUCUUACGUCCGAGGAGAUUUAAUCCAGGAUGCAUGCGGUUGGAUUGCACUCGGCAUUGGCGAUCAAGCGCCAGAGAAAGCGUCGUGAUGAGCAGCGUCGUGCCCGCGAGCGUCGUUACAGCGCCCAAUCAGGGGAGAGUGGCCUGACAUCACCAAGAGCAUCCCAGGGCUCCUUGGAUCACCAUCCACGCCAUCAUCAUGCAGCUAGUACCCAUCGAGCAGCUGGCCAAGGGAUGCUGGACUCCAAAGUCGUCACAUCCAUUGGAAUGCUCCACAUUGGUGUUGUCUUCUUAGUCCUUGGUGGUUUUCUCCUAGGCAGUGGCCUCCUACCAGGAGACCUAUCCAACUGGAGCUUCAAAGGUACUGGUGGAUGGUGGAAUGAGCUGGUGGUAACCGGUCUCUUCGCUGUUGCUGUUGGAAUAUUCCUCAUCAUCUUGAAUCGUGUGAUUGCGAAGAAGGAGGAGGACGACCUGGAGGAGUACGUUCAGAGGCAAUUGACACGUUCAAGAUCAGGUCAUCGUUUGGAGCGAGACGUUGAAACCGGUGGUUUAACAACUAGACACGCCAGACGAGCCAAACAAAUGAAGAAGAUGACAGCAUCUGGUUCACUCGACAUUGAAAGCGAAAAAGCAAGCUCACCACCAAGAAGCCCACCACCAGCUUACUCACCACCACCCGUCACCAAUGGAGAUAAUCAAAAUCAAUCGGUACUCUUCCUCGAACAAAUCACUGAAGAGGAAAUAACCAGUGAUAGGAUUGAAACAUCAACCACCAAUAGCUUAAGUCCUGGAUCACCUAGUGAAACCAGGGAACUUUUACAUAAUAAUCCGCGUCACAAAAUUAAUGGCCAUCAUCAUACUAAUCAUCACUACAUCGGUCAUCAGCCGGUAUACGUUAAUCCCGCGGCCAAUUGAGGGAUUUUUUUUUCUUUCGAUGAUUAGUUAGUUUAUUCAUAAAAAUUUCAUCAAUCCUAUUCUGGAUAUGACGUUCAUCUCGCGAUUUAAUUGAGGCUCAGGAUAUCGUCGUUAGGUUUGAUAAUUAUGAUCAUUGUAUCUUGUACUCUUCUACUUUAUCGAGUAUUGGAGGGAAAUCAGACCGUAGUAAGUGCGACGAGAGUCUGAAAAAUGGCUCUUGUCUCUCCGUUUGAAUGUUUCUAGAUAAGAUGGAGUUAUGAUUACCGCUGAGGGAGUUCAAUCUAUUAAAUUUACAGAAGAAAAAUAAAUUACACUUCUUCAUUCGUAACAUUAAGAAGAUUUAAAGGGGGCUUAUGUUCAACUUUAUUCGGAUUUGUAUGAUGCUUUGAGAUUAAUAUUAAAUAUAUGCACAUUCCUUGAACAUUGACAUAUCGUCUUCUGGCCUGCACCUCUACGGAAUAGAUGUAUUUUCAUUUUUCUCAUUGGGAUUCGAUCGUCACUGAGAAAUACAUAACGAACAUAAUCGAUGGACCAAGACGCUGAAUCAAUUGAACAUACAACGCAGAAAUAAUAACAUAAUGGAGGAAUACAUUGAAAAUAGACCAUUGAUAGAGAUAUCACGGCGAUUUAUUGUCACAGCGGUUUGCUAUCUAAUAUUUAGAUGUUUAAGGGAAUAAUUGUAGAUAAUUGCCAAAUAUACUCGUAAUUUAUGCAUAAUUAUGGUUCAACUGGAAAUACGUAUCAAACGGUCGUUCAUGAUAUAAUAUGAAUUACUCUCUGGGAUCGGAACAGUAGUUUUUGCUACUGCUGCUACCUUCAACUCGUACCGAAAAGUGCCUCUUCAUUAUUUGGAAAUUAAGAAGGCCACAUUUCGAUACUCGUUCAACGUAACAUCAUUGACAAAAAUAUUGUUCGAUAGGUGUGCGACGUGAAAUUUUCAACUCGUGUGGGUGGCAGUUCUCCAUUUUGCGAAGAGGCUUUAACUUCGCACUCGUACUUGAAGUACUGGACUAUUUCGGAAUUAGGACCGAUAAACCGCGGGUUUAAUCUAUGCUCUCUCGGUUAUAUCGCGAUUUUUGGACGCAAUAACAACAAUACUGUUUUAUUGAUAGCUGUGGAGAACUUCUCAGCUCCUUCUGUAGCAUCUUAUUGGCUAAAAAAAUUUUUCACGGUUUAAUAUUGGAAUAUAAUACUAUGGUAUUACUGCUAGUUCAUCUCGUGCCAAAAAGUGCAUUUUCCUGUACUAGUCAACGUCAAGUUGACUUGUAAAUAAAACAACGCGCCGUUUGGUUUAUUGAUUGGAAACGGGAUUUCUUGCUGUUGGCGAAUGGUAGAGGUGAAUAUGGCUAAAUAAAUAUUUGUUAAUUAUUAAUGAAUGAUGAAAUCGAUGUCAGACAAAGCUUAUCAAAUAUAGAUUCGUUGAUUAUUAGAGAAUAAACGUUUGGUGGAUACAAUAGACUCCACCCUACAAUCAAAAUCCAUUCGUUAAUUCCCACUAAUCCGGUUUAUUUUUAUUUAUUUAUAAAGGAAAAAUUCCUGAUAAAAGAAUAAGGUUUGAGACGUGCCUCGGAAAUUUUUUAGUUCUCAUGAUUGACAGCCUCAAGCAUUCAACGUCGCCCUCGUGAAAAAUUCGUCGCAAUUAAAUUGCAAUAUACUACUUCACUAUUUAAAAAAUAUUCUUUCGAGUGUAAUAUGAUGGACUGACCUGGGGAGAGAGAGAGAGUAUAAAUGGGAGUAUUACUUCGUGUGAGAAUAAAUGAAAACAAAUUAUUUAUCGAGAGCUACUCGCUGAUCCGUAAUAAUACGAGGAUUAUGCAAAUUUCUGCUAUAAAAUUCUGGCACCGCUAUGUUCUGUUUUAUAUAGUUUCGAUAUUUGAUCAGCAUACGCCAGCCGAAGAUCAAAAAUGACCUCGAUUCAUCAUGAAAUUGAUUAAUCACUGUUACAUUAUUACUGGCACCUGCAAUAUUUAUCCACCAUAUCUCAAAAUGAUGUAAUUCAUGUACAACAAAUAAUGAGACCAAUAUGAAACAAUCAUCAACUUGAAAAUCGGUUGAACUUUAUUCUCGAAAAUCUAUGAAGUUGUUUAAUUGCUGUGCUCAAACGUUAGAAUACUGUGAUUCAAAUGAAGGUAUUCUUCCGAAAAUUAUUUAAAGUCCUUCAAGAAAUCACAUGAAAUUUACAGAACAAAUAAAGUAAUUGUGGUGCAAAAUUUAAUUCUACGUAUUUUUGUCUCUAAACCAGGGGAAGUGAUAAAAAUGGUAAAUUUUCCUUCGCUUGCAUCGGAAAAUUACAAAUGAAUUUUCAUAAUUGUGUAGGGUAUCCAAUACUGUUACGAAAAACAAUUUUUCAAUUCUUGUGAGAAGAAUAUUUGAUUGGCAGUGGUAUUAGUGAUUCCUUGAAGCACUAGUUUUCUCGGUGAAAAUUUGUUUUCCGGUUUUACUUCAGAACCAAGUUGAGCUCACAAUUUCAUGUGAUUUGUCUCUUCAUGGAUUGUGAUGGAUUACCGUUUAUCCAAUAUAUUAUGUGAAAGUGCCUUCUACUCUGUUCACUUCUAUUCUAUUUUAUAGGAUUUACCCUUAUUCAAUUCCUAACAUGAGAGAACUUUUCCCCUUAAAUUAUGUACAUUCCACUUCAUUCCAUUAAAUAUUCAUACUUUUAAUAAUUUAGCCUGUAAUCCAGUUGCCUGUUAUGGGACUUUAUUCUGCGACGAAAAAUGUCUAACGCUGUUAAUUUUUCCGUAAAUUUUCACAUUUUAAAAUGUGCUUUUAUUUGAGUCUGAUUUUGUCGCGAAUGAACUGAUUGAAAUUACGUGGAAGACUCGUCAAUCUUCGUAUAUUCUUCCAGAAAAAUAUUUUUUAUUUUCUCCAGUUUUUUUUCUCGGUUUAUCUGGUCACACUGAGCCGACCUUCGUGGGUGUGGAAGGAGGACGAAGAGUACCGAGAUCUCACGAAUGCGCGAUCACCCCCUAGAAUACUAAUCGAGUAGCGGGAAAUUUUUCCAGUCACUAUCAUAAUGUUCCUCAUAUCACUCGUAAACGUUCAUUGUCCCUUCGAUGUUACCGUACCGAACGAGAAUUUUUCCCCCCAUUUUUUUUUAAAAUGGUGUACCGUUCCUAACACUUUACCAUCCAAUUCCCUUGGACACACAAUCUGACUAUACUUUACACCCUGAGUACGGUAAUUUUUCUCCUGAUUUUCUCCAUACGCAGGAAUUUUUUUUCUUAGUAAUUAAACGUAUGACUUUUCCACCCAAAAUUAGUAUAAAUUACGAUGUAUUUGAAUCACUCACGAUCAACUUUCAACUUAAUUCUCAAGCGAAAUCAACAUAUGAUUGAAUGAUUGAAAAAAUGUGACUCCUCGCUUGCAUCUUUCCGAGCACAUUACCCUAAAAAAAAUCUUGCGUGAUAUCUAGGUUUUAAGUUAGGCGUUGUCAAUGAUGGCGCCAAAAGAUACAGCAUGACCUAAAAAGAUCAUGAAAUAUCUAGGGGCGAAUACGUAAAAUAUGAUGAUAAAUUUUAAUAUAUUAACGUGGGUGUGACGAAAUUGUUUCGACAAUUUUGUACCCCCUGGAAUGCUAUAAGUAUGAUACUUAAUUAUUAAUCAUCAAUUAUAUUUAUUAAUUCUUAACUGUAUCGUAAGCUUUCUUAUUGAAUUUCUCUAUAUGUAUAUUUGACGCACUUUUUCGAAAAUAAAACUUUAUUAACUGCUCUUCGA